CGCGCGCCCGCCAUUGCAGCCCCUCCUUCGCUUUCUAGCUAGCUCCCCUGCCCCCUCCACCGCUAGCUAGGCUCGCCUAUAUCAUCAUUGCCUCGCACCGCACGCCGGCCGCUCUCUCUGCUCGACUGCGCUCGAACAAUGGAGAGGUGGGCGCCGGCGCCGGCGCGGGAGAGGCCCAGGCGGCGGGCCGGCCAGCCGUCCUUCUCGUCCACGCUGCUCGACGCCAUCUGCGAUUCCCUCGACGACCAGCCCGGCGGGCCGGGAACCACGGCGGCCGCGGCGAGAUCGGCUGGGAGCGCCGAGCGGAAGCAAGAGGCGCCCCUGCAUUGCUACUACUACAAGCCGUCCUUGGCCGCCAGCCACCGGGCGGCGCCGGCACCCGCGGACGACUGCUCCGGCCGCGGGUACUUCUCGUCGUCCGAGGUCGAGUACUCCCUCCGCCGCCUCCGCCCCAUCCGCACCUCCGGCGGCGUUGGGGGGGCCUCCGUGGCACCCGGGGAGAAGCCGCCGCCGCAGCAGCAGCAGCAGCCGGCGGCGGCGGACAAGGCGAGGGGCGCGAGGAAGCCGUCCGCCGCCUCGGCCCGCGGCGCCUGCCGCAGGCCGGCCUCCCCCGGCGCGCGGCUCGCCAGCCUGAUCAACGCCAUCUUCUCCGGCAAGCGGCAUUCCGCGCGGCAGCACCCGGCGCCGGCGGACGAGGAUCCGGCGUGCUCGACGGCUCCGUCGACCGCGCGCCCCUGCCUCGCCAAGACGCCGCCAUCGGCGGGGGCGCGGGUGCGGCCGAGCCGGAGUCGGGGCCGGAGCCGGACCGUGCGGUUCUUGGACAUCGACGGCGAGGUGGCCGUUGCCGCGGCCGCCUCUGGCUGCAGGCGAAUCCCGGUGGUGGAAGUGGAGGAGGACAGCGACGGCGGCGAGCAGAGCAGCGACGCCAGCUCCGACUUGUUCGAGCUCGAGAACCUCGCGGCCAUUGCUCCGGGGAGUAGUGGCACGCGUUGCCGGAGAGCGUGCGGGGCUGAGCUUCCGGUGUACGGGACGACUGGGGCUGGGCUCCGGCACGACAUUGGCCGCCGCCGUCCGUUCGGGUAUGGCACCCAUGGUCGGAGUUCUAGCAGGGUUGUUUGA